AUGUGUCCGCAGGAUUCGAACCCUGGACUUUGUACCAUGAUGUGUAAUCCCAAGUACAAACCCCCCAGUCAUCAAGCCCAAUCCCGGUUUGGUCUGGAUUUUGGGAAUUUUUGGGGGGUUACUUUGCUAUUCUACACCCCAUGCGCAGGCGAGUUGACUUUACCGAUUUGUUCUUUGCAUCAAAUACAAUUACAAGAAAAUUUCGCUCGGGUUUUGGAUGAGAGGAUUGCUUAUGAUGAUUUAGAUGAGUAUGAAGAGGAUGGCUUAGAUGAUGGAGUGGAAGGCGGUGGUGAAGAUGAAUAUGAAGACGAGGAAGAAGAGCCUAAGCCCACAAAGGAGGUUCUGGACUACCUUGAGCUGAGGCAAAAGUUGAAAGAGCAAAAAAAAAAGGAGUUGAGGAAAGAAAAUGGGACUGUUAAUGGCAGUUUGCGCGAGAAGAAGAAUUUGAUCUCCAGGGAUAGUUUUGGCUCCUUCUUUGGGCCUUCACAACCGGUUAUUGCUCAAAGAGUGAUUCAAGAAAGUAAAUCAUUGCUUGAGACUGCCAGUUCUACCACGAGGAUCAACAAAUCAAGUCAAAGUGGUAAUAAGAGCUCUGGUUCAUCUUUGUCCCGAAAUCCCCAAUCAAGCGGACAGAAACCAAGAGUUCCAAAUCUGCAGCAUAAAAAGGUGGAGAUACUGAAAAAUGCCAGGGAUUACUCAUUUCUGUUAUCUGAUGAUGCGGAAGUUCCUGUUCCUAAAACUGUCCCCCCUCCUAGAAAUAUAUCUGCUCCAAAACCUGAGCUGCGUUCUGCACCACAACCAGAAAGGAGCAAGGGUUCUGUUAGCGGUAGUGGGCGAAAGGAUUUCAGCAGUCGUGAAGAUAAGAGAAGCUCUACUGCCGUUGACAGAAAUAGAAUGCAGCCCAGACUUGGGACUGAUAGAUUGUCAUCUGGGGGUUCCCAAGUUCGGGCAUUAAUGGACUCCAGAAAGCAUAUUGGUACGACUAAUGGUGCAGCAUUAGAUCGGAAGAAGCAGCUCUCUAGCAGCAAUGGCAGUGGCCCAGGUCGGCCUGUUUUGUCAAAGAAUGCUCCCUCUUCUAAUAUCAAUGGCAGUGGUCCAGGUCGGCCUGUCAUGACAAAGACUGUUCCGCCUAAAGCUUCGGUAGGUGCAUCUGAAAGGAAGGGCAAUGUACCAGUUCCAAGAAGUUCUGCCCCUAUUGUGCAAAGACCUGCAUCUUCGAAGCAACAUCCUUCUGUUUCAAGGCAAUCUUUAUCAAGGAAAGACGAAUAUCUAAGAGAAAGGGCAAAGGGAAGGGACGAACAUCAAGUAAGAGCAAAGCCAAAGGUGAUAUCCAAACAAAGUGUUCCAGCCUCCAAACCCAGGCAAGUAAUCAGGCCACCUCCCAAGAAUGUAGCUCGUGAGACUUCACGAGACGAACACCCUAGGAAAAGACCUCUGAGGCAUGAUGAUGAUGAUGAUGAUGAUCCUGAAAAUGCGUUGAGUAUGAUCAGGAGCAUGUUUGGAUACAACCCUCGGAAGUAUCAUGAUGAUGAUUCAGAUGAUAGUAACAUGGAGGCCAACUUUGAUGAUAUCUUGAAAGAAGAAAAGAGAAGUGAAAGAAUUGCUCGUCUAGAAGAUGAAGAGGAGCAACGCAAGAUAGAAGAAGAAGAAAGGAGGGAGCGAAUGCGAAAGGAAGCCAAAAGGCGCAAGUUGAGCAAUCGAUGA